CCCUCUGCUCCGCUGUCAUUCUGAGCAACGAGGAAAUUCCGGCUGGCUGUCAUCAUGAGGGUGUAGAGCAAAACUGUAUCGAGUUAGCGUCUUCGUCUUCCUCGGUAUAUAUAAGAUAUAAGGCAUGCGGGCAAGCUAAUCCGGAGACAACACCGAGGAUGGACGACUGCCGUCAGCAAACGCCGCUGUUUACAUUCGGUGUGAUCGCUGACAUUCAGUACGCAGAUAUGGACGACGGUUACAAUUACAGCCUAACGCGCAGGCGAUACUACCGGAGCAGUCUCCAGCUGCUGCGAAAUGCUCGGAAAAGUUGGUCAGAAUCAGCUGUCAAGCCAGCAUUUAUUCUGCAGCUGGGAGAUGUUAUCGACGGCUUCAACAAGCCCAGGGACGCAUCGGAGCGGGCACUGGACACCGUGCUGAGAGAGUUCAGUUCCUGCCCCGCGGAGGUCCAUCAUGUGUGGGGAAACCACGAGUUUUAUAACUUCAGCAGGAGCGCGCUGCUGCGUUCAAAGCUCAACAGCGCGGCCCACGCAGACAGGAGCCCGAACGCAGCACCGGGCGGCUCGGACAUAUAUGCCUACCGUUUCAGCCCCUUCCCCGGGUUUACGUUCGUCGUCCUGGAUGCCUAUGAUGUGAGCCUGCUGGGCAGAGAGAAGUCCUGUGAGCAGUACAUCAAUGCUAUGAACCUGAUAAAGCUGUAUAACAAAAACGAAGACCUCAACUGUCCUCCAGCCUUCGGCAGCCCCACGAGCAGGUUCACGAUGUUCAAUGGUGGGUUCAGUAAGGACCAGCUGGACUGGUUAGACUCUGUUCUGUCGUCAGCUGAUGAGAAACAAGAAAGAGUCACUAUUGUCAGUCACGUGCCCGUCCACCCGGACUGCACAGAUAACGUUUGCCUCGCGUGGAACUUUGAUGAGCUCCUGGCCGUCAUACGCUCCCACAGCAGCGUGGUGUGUUACAUGGCGGGACACGCCCAUGACGGUGGAUACUGCCGAGACGAAGAUACAGGAGUGCAUCACCUGACAGUCGAUGGGGUGAUUGAGACUCCACCGGACAGCAACGCAUUCGCCACAGUGUCUGUCUACAGGGACAGGAUGGUGCUGAAAGGCUGUGGGAGUAUCAGAGAUCGAGUGUUUCUGUUUCCAGGCAGCCAAAAUGACUCUAAUUAAAGAGUCACAGAUUGAUCACUCCUAUCUUGAAAAAGAACGAAUGUUAGAACAGCGUUUACUUCCUGUCCAUACUGACCAAUCAGGUUUCAGUCUUGUGAGUCCAGUGGAAAUAAUAGAGGACAAAAUCCAAUCUAAGCCACAUCUGCUAAACGAAAUGUUUCUCCUCGGGCACCAAAUUGUCAUCAAAGUCAGACAAAUGUAAAAUCCUGUGGGGGGAUUUUUCAAGAGGAACACAGGUGAGAGUAAAAUGAAAUCUGAAGUUUGGAACUUACUGUCACAGAACUAGAGCUGUGGAUUUUGUCCCCACUUUCACUUGGACAGAGAUUAUUUAACAGUCACAAUGACCAGCAGGAGUAAUUGAACAUUCAUCACAUAGUAUAUUUUUUUAAUUUGUCCUUCAAUGAUAGCUGAAGCUGUGAUGUGAUGCUGUGACAUACUUCAGGCUGGAAACUUGGAGGAUGUUUCUCUGAAGAAGACGGGGAAUAUUAUGAGUUAUUGCUGCUCUCCACUCUGAGCUUUUUAAGUUUGUUUCAGACAGAAAAACACAAAUUAGAACUAUUUAAGGGAUUCUCAUAUUAAAGCAGUGGAGUAGUUUACAAAUACAUUACCUCAGAUGUUUUGCACUUCUGUAUUGAACUUACCUUUUUAAAUUUAUGACAAAAUGUGAAUAUCACAGCAAUUGUAUUUCAGUCUGGUUAAAUGACAGCACAUGCCUAUUUAUAUGCAAAUAUUAAAAUUAUCACUUUUUUUGCAUAUUGCAGAAUGCUGAUAUCAUAAGCAAAAUGUACUUGAAAGUGUUUAAUUGAUGCUGUAAAUAAAUAAAAUAAAAAUGUGUCUAUGCCCAGUAGAUACAUGUUAGUUUCUUUCAUUGUGUGAUGUGUUCAGGUUAGUGGGAAAUAACAUAAGAUGCACCAAUGUAUGUAUGUAUAUAUUUUUAUACAUUCUAUUUUUUGUAUAUUUUACACAU